AUGCGAUCCAGUGUUCUUCUCCCGCAGUUUUUCCUACCACCGUCCGCUAUCAAGCUGGGACGUUUCGUCACCAAUAUUGAUGAGCCUCACCGAGAUUACCUUGAUCCGAGACUAGAGAAGACUUUCAGCAUUAUCGAGAAAGUUGCAACCCAGUACGACAGCGCUGACUCUCUUAGGAACCAACGUAAAUUUGGUUCUGAGCUCACCGCAUUCCUCUCCUCCACCGUGUCAAGCCGCAUGAACACCUCGAUUCACAUCAACACGAAACAAGUGAAGACCUAUUACUUAGACAACAAUGGGCAGUGGUUCCGGGAUAUCGUGAAAUCGGAAGAUGUUCGGAAGUGGAUUGAGCGUACUAUCGAUGAGGGAGAGGACAUAUAUGUUGUAGUUGGCUACCAUACUGUCUUGGAUGCUCGUAUCGCCGAGCAAUCACGAGAACAAAAGGCCCUGGAUGGUAAUCUAGCUAUUCCAAUCUCGAGUGCGCUGUUGGCAACAGGAGUUGUUGCGCCAUUUGGCGAACUCGCUGAUCCUAGACUGGCCGGGUCUAGUGGGCGUGCGGAAGACUUGCAACGGCAGUUUGUGGCCCAAGGCGAGCAAAUUUUCGCGGUUCAGUAUCGCAAAGUCCGAUUUCGGUUCCUGUCAAGCAAAAGUGUUGACAAUGCAACACUAGCUAAAGAGGCAAGAUGGGAGAGAUAUGAUCGCCCUCGUUACCUCCAAAGCGACAUGGAAGACAUGAUAGAGGUCGCGCUGGAUGAUGAUCUGUCACUCGAAGGUGACCGUGACAAGUAUAUAGCGGGACCGGAGGAAAUCAUCUUUUCGAAUACGGGCGUUGAUUCAGGAUAG